UAAACCAAAAUGGAUCCCUUAUCAACCGACGAGGUGCUGGACAAAAUUGGCAGCUUUGGGCGAUACCAAUUUGUUCUUUUGAUACUGAUGGGCUUCAUGAUGAUCUUUGGUGAUGGGAUUCAGGGCAUGAUAGCGUCCUUCUUGGCUGCGGAGCCUCCAUGGCGCUGCGUAAGUAACAGCACAUCUUGCAAUAUAACUGGUAGYCUAUCACCGGGGCAAGAUGGUUAUAAACUACGAUGUAGCCUUCAUCGUGACCAAUGGGAGUUUGAUACGAGUGAAUUUACYUCGAUUGUAUCAGAAUGGGAUCUUGUAUGCGACCGAUCAAGCUUGUCCAGCAUAGCUAAGAGUAUAGUGUUUGCUGGAUAUAUGGUUGGCGUAGUAUUUGGUGGUGUUUUGUCUGACAAGUGUGGACGUAAACCAAUAGUGUUUUACCCGUCUUUGAUCGCUAGCGUACUUGCCUUGACUGCCUCAUUUGCCAACGUUUUUUGGCUGUUUGCGGUUCUUAGGGGACUYGUUGGAGUUUGCCUUGGUAGUACAUCUCUGGCUAUUUUUAUUCUCAUGGUCGAGUACGUGGGCGUCAAACAUCGCGCAAUGGCUGGCACAAGCUUGUGGUACUUCUUCACCRUAUCRCUGAUGAUGUUAGUAUUAUUUGCGUACCUUAUACGAGAUUGGAGGAUGCUUUCUAUUGCCGCUGCAGUUCCUGGUUUACUGCAGGUAUUCUUCUGGUGGUGCUUACCAGAAUCGUCGAGAUGGUUAAUAACCAGAGGAAAACAAGAUAAAAGCAAAGCAUAUUUCACCAAGAUUGCACGUUUCAACCGCAAAGAGAUGCCACCGAAUCCUGUUACAAUCAUGGAGGAGAAACAACGUGUUGGGGAYAUACGAGACUUGUUCUGCUCUUUCAGAACUGCUAGAAUCACUCUAAGUAUUUGGUUCAGUUGGGCAGUCGUUGGCAUGGUCUACUGGGGGAUAAUGUUUAGCUUUGACUCCUWUGGUGGAAAUCGUUAUCUUGCGUUCUUUUUAAUAGCCAUCGUCGAGAUCCCCCAAAUUUUCUUCUCAAUAAAGUCUAUGAAUAGAUUUGGUCGAAAGAAAAGCUUAUUGGUUAGUUUGAUACUGGCAUCGAUAGCGUCCACAGCUGCGGUUCUUCUCCAGAGAGAUCCAUCACAAACAGGAUUUCGGGUUGGGCGCAUCAUCAUGUCCAUGACCGCCAAGUUUUUCAUUACCUUUUCUUUUGACGCACUAUACGUCCUCUCCGCCGAGCUCUUUCCGACUGUGGCCAGGAAUGUUGGUAUGGGGAUGUCGUCUGCAKCCGGCAGAAUUGGUUCGAUUUCAGCGCCAUUUAUAGUUCAACUUAUCCGUAUCCAUGCUUUGAUACCGUACUCCAUCUUUGCCGUAGCUGCGUUCAUCGUCUGUGUACUGUGUUUUACUCUCCCAGAGACGAAAAACAAACCAACUAAGGAGACAGCGGAUUCGGAGACCGAAGCACUUAAACCCAUUGGAUGAGAACGGCUUUUAUAAAUCAUAGAAAUCAUGAUUUGAGUUAAGCAUAUAAAGCUAUCCUAUAAUUAAGCAAUCCUUUAAGUGACGUUUUGAUUGAAAUACAAAUGUACUGCUUAAUAUUGAUAUUCCUUAAAGGACGGUUUAUACUUGCGAUAAUCGCCAAUUUGAUAUCGCAAAACUCAAAUCGUACGUUUAACAGGUGAUGGUCGYUCGACAAUCGCACUACAAAAAUCGCAAGUGUAAACUGUCCUUAAUUAUCCUCAAAAGCUAAUAAAUGAAAAUAUUACUCUUAUUCGUUUGCAAGUUUUCCGUUUAGCUUUCUUUCUUUUCUUUAACCUGUGCUGCUAAUUCAAGCUUUCAUAACCUGCUUUGGCGGGGUGCUGUUUUCAGGAGGGUACGAAUUGACAAAAUUAUUCAGCCACUUGACUACGAAACCUAAAACAAAAACAAAUUCCGGUCCCUUAAAGCUGAUAAAACCUUCCCAAGUAAGUAUAGGUUGAAGCUUCUCGAUCGUUGAUAGAAUCAUACGACUGCCGUUGAGUUUCCUAGUGUAAAAGAUAUAAUUAAUUGUAAGACUAUCCUCUCCUAGGCAAAACAUUUUCAAGGAAAGUUCGCAUACCAUCUUCUCUAUUAUUUAAGUGGUCGAGGAAUGUUCACAUAGACCAGAUGAUAGAAAGAACAACAAUCAACAAUUUGGUCGAUAACUGAAAUUUCACUGAAUCGGCUAUGGAGAAAGAGCAUUGUUUGAUUUUAUUUUAAUAAAAACUGCAUAAACUUUUAAUCUAUUAAUGCCAGAAGCAUGAUUUUUAUUAGCAAUGUUUCUUUUCUCUGAUACGGCUCCUUGCCGUAAAUAUUCAUUCACUAUAACAUUUCAGAAAGUACCUAAGAAUGCAGCCACGUUCAAUUACUUAUCGUGUCUGAAAAAUAUGAAAAUCACCAAGAAAAACGUACUUUGUACGCUCUAUCUAUAACAACUAGACGUUCCAUCCUACCUAAUCUCUCACAGUUUUGUAGUUCUUUUAGCAAGAGUUCUUAAKAACUGUAAGAAUACCAACACCAAAUGUUUGACUCUUGAUCUAGCGUGCCAUACCCUUAUGUUAUUUUUUUUAAUGUGGGAUUAGUGCACUCAUUUGUGCAGUUUGUUUGAAAUGUUUUUCUUGAUUGAAAACCUCAUUAAAUUCUCGAAUACGAUAUUUAAA